GCAUUCGUAUCUGAUGAAGGAGAGCUCUGAGUCAGUGGUCAUCCUCUUUCAGUCUUCUUUCUCCUCUCUUAGGACUGGGCUGGAGUGGAGUCGAAGCAAAGCUUAGCUCUCCCUCCCUUCCUGUUUCCUAUUGGUGAUUCACGAAAAGAAUCUUCCGAAGAGAUUGCGUGCUGAGCUUCUAACUGGAGAACCGUCUGAAUCUUCUUCUGGUUUGGUUGCCUGUGUUAUUUUCUUACGAGGAAGGCAGGGGAGAUGUGGACGGAGAGCUUCUGGGGAUUUCGGAGUGCAUAAAUUGAGUGAUGGCUGCCGUUGUAGCUACUGCCUCAUCAGGGAUGAGCGAGUCGGCGUUCAGAGUCGAGACCACGCCCCGGCUAGCACAAUGGCGGAUCGAAACCCUCUCAUCUUUCUCCUAUCGCAAGUCCGAUCCCUUCAAGAUCGGCCUCUGGAAUUGGUACCUAACUGUGGAAAGGAACAAGCAACUUUUUGUGAAACUUUACCCCGAACCAUCUAGCUUGACAAAGGAACAUCCUCCAAUUGCUUCCUUCAUCAUCAAACUUGUCUCCUUCGCUGCUCCUAAUCUCAAAACCCUUGUUCAUCCAGGAGUUUGUGACAAACAAUUGAAGAACAGUGAUGAUUUUAUUUGGGCAAUAGACAUCUUCUUUACUGGAAAAUUUAUUAUUGACGUGGAGUUCCUCGAUCUUAAGAUUGUGCCUCAAUCUGGCGGGGAGCCGUCAUCCAUCUGGUCCGGUUCCCACAUUGAAAAAAACUCCCUCUCCACCGCUCUCACCUCCCUCAGCCGAAUGCUAACCGAUGGCAUUCACACCGACAUCACCAUAAACACCAGCAACGGCUCCAUCGCCGCCCACCGCGCCAUCCUUGCCACCAGGUCCCCUGUUUUCCAGAGCAUGUUCUCCCACAGCCUCAAGGAGAAACAGCUCUCCGCCGUGAAUAUUUCUGAUAUGUCCUUCGACGCCUGCCAGGUCCUGCUCAAUUACAUCUAUGGAAACUUCAACGCAGAAGAGUUUCUCGCCCAUCGGCUGGCACUCCUCACCGCCUCUGAUAAGUAUGACAUUGCAGACCUGAAGGAGGUCUGCCAUGAGAGCCUCUUGGAAGAUAUCGAUGCGAAGAAUGUGCUUGAGAGACUCCAUGUAGCACAUCUGUAUAAGCUCCGAGGUCUCAAGGCUGGGUGCUUGAAGUAUCUGGUGAACCUUGGGAAGAUCAAUGAAGUUCGUGAGGAGUUUAGUGAGUUUCUUCAGGAUGCUGAUAGGGAGCUUAUAAUUGAGAUUUUUCAGGAAAUUCUAACUUCAUGGAAGGGAUUCCAAUAGAAGCUUCCAUAUGAAUCUUCUUUGUUUGAAUGACUUGGUUGAUUUAGUUGGUUAGCUUGGUGCCUGGUCAUGAGCAUUUAUAGGAUUUAUUUCAGAUGGAAAUCUGAAUUUGAUGUACUGAAAAUUGUAUAUAAUGAAUGCAUUUCUCAAUUAAAAAUCAGUGU